CUUCUUCCUCUCAUUGAUGCUGCUCACAGAGCAGCCUCCGCAAGCAAGGAUCGUCUCCGGAGACAUUCCCGGGAAUGGCUACCGCAGUUGAAAGACGGGUCCGGAUCUCGCGCGUCGCAGGCCGCUACCUCGUCUUUGACAUCGACGAUGUCCUCUACAUUCGCCGACAUCACUGCAUCUGCGCAGUCCUGACGGGCACCAUGCCCCAGAACCCGACGCAGAACCUUUUCCUCAGCCUGCCUGUCGAGCUGCAGGCUGAGGAGGCCCAGCUGCUGGUGGAUACGGGCGCUGGGUAUAUUGCUGACGAGCUCACCGACCACAUGUCACGGCUGUCCACCACCAUGGACGAAUGCACCCGCAAGGCCUACUUGCAGCACAUCAAGCAGCAGCGUAGAAACGCACAGCGGGUGUUUGAAGAGGAAAAGGCAAAGGUGCAGGCAAUGCAUCAAAACAAGCGCAAGGCAAACAAACCCUCCUCCUCCACUCCCUCCACUGAACCCGCACCGGCCGCCGUAACAGAAGAAGACAACCUGCUCUUUGACAACCCCAAGCCAACACUCCCUCCUUCCACUACCAUCCCCAAAGAAAAAGAAUUCUCCCUCCCCGGCGUAACCCCAACAACUAGCUACCCACUUCUCCCCAUUUCCACCACCCCUCCCGCAGCUCCAGCCAGCAGCGCCUCAACAGACGCCGCCACGCUGUCCUCUUACCCGUUGUACAAAUACCUCAAUUCACGUGGGUACUACACGACCCCCGGGCUGCGCUUCGGCGGCGACUACAGCGUGUACCCGGGCGAUCCCUUCCGGUACCAUGCGCACUACCUGGCCAACAGCUACAGGUGGGACGAGGAGGUGGCGAUGCUGGACCUGGUGACGAGCGGGCGGCUGGGCACGGCGGUCAAAAAGAGUUUCUUGUUUGGGGCGGAGAAGCCUGGUGGACAACAAAGUGGUGUGGAUGGGGCAGGGGAAGUGCGGGUUUUCUGUAUCGAGUGGGCUGGCAUGUGAUGGUGAGUGGUACUUAGAUAAGAGUUGAUCUGUGAAAUACCCUUUCUUUGGUUCUGAAGAUGUAGAAAGAAAUACUCUCAACAAGUAUUCGAUGCU